CACCCCUAUCCACAAGCAUCCCCUUCCUUCAGAAUUUGUUAACAGAAGGGGAAAGUCAAAUGAAUAGAAAGUGACAUGUGGGGAGCAGGGAGGGCAGGACUGGGAUGACUCACCCCUGGUGCUCUGACACUUUGAGCUGCACCCCCAAGACAGUGUUUGGAUUCAAACCAGAGCCAGCAUGACCAGUAACAGUAACUUGUGACUUCACAGUCAGCCACAGAAUUCUGCCAUCAUGGUUCCCCUUGGAAACCUGCGAAGAUUCUGCAGCAGGCUCACUUGGCAGCGUUUUAGAUUAGAUGAAGCAUCUUCGAUAAAUUGGCUGUCUUCGGCUGUCAGUUUAUUAGCAGCUUAUCAGCUUAGUUGUCAAGAUGGGUGGCUAUUGGUCAUGUGUGGCCUGCAGGUCUCACCCAGAGGCAGAACCAAAGGAUGAAGAUGAAGAGGGGGCACUGACAGGUCAUCCCAGAAACCCAACCCAUGUUGCGCCAUUUUCUGGGGGACUCCCCAAUGUUUUGGGGUACACUCUGGGGAGAGAGCUCAUUGAGGAACCCUCCAUGCCAGAGCCCCUUCCAGCACCUCAUAUCACCAACAACAUACUGGGGGAAGAGCUCACUGAGGAAAGUUCCGUGCCAGAACCCCUUCCAGCACCUCGCAUGACCAAGGACAUCCUGGGCGAAGUGCUCAUUGAGGAACCCUCGAUGCCAGAACCCCUUCCAGCACCUGGCAUGACCAAUGACAUCCUGGAGGAAGAGCUCACUGAGGAACCCUCCGUGCCAGAAUCUCUUCCAGCACCUCGCAUCACCAACGACAUCCUGGAGGAAGAGCUCAUUGAGGAAACCUCAAUGCCAGAACCCCUUCCAACACCUUGCAUCACCAAUGACCUACUGGGGAAAGUGCUCAUUAAGGAUACCUCAGUGCCAGGUCCUUCCAUCCUCACAGACACUCCAAAGGAAGCAGCUUCUGUGUCAGAGCCCUUACUAGAGCCUUCCAUUGCUGAUAAUUAUCUUCAGCAAGAAGUAGAACUCCUCAAAGGGUUACAGCAUGACUAUGUCCAGCAGCAACUGAGGGUUCGCCGCAUUUCCCAACAGUUCCCUCGUUCUCUCCGGGCCAUCAGCCUGCAAAUUGGACACAUGCAGACAAGGCUCAUCCACAGUGAAGUUCGGCUGCAGCAGUGGGAAAGGGAAGUGCCUGUAAUCCAAGCAGCUUCUCAGAGUGAGCAAGUGAUGGUGGGGCAAGUGAUGGUGGGUGUGGUAGGAUGUCAGCCUUUGCAGCUGACUUCCUGCUUCUUCUCUCUUGCAGAUGUUCCUGCAGGCCCUGCUGCACUUCUCCAGCCCUCUGGGUCUGAUUCAUCAUUGUCCUCUGCCUCCCUUGAGGUUGCCUCCAUCCCACCCUCCACCUCUUCCCUCCUCCUGCAUCCCUCUCCACCUCCUCCUCCUUCCCCACCUCCUCUGGAGCCGGACCUCAGCAAUGUGAAAGAAACUCUGCAGUUUGGUAGAGAUGCAGGUCCAUCAGCUGCAUGACCGCCAAAGAGACCUCCGCAGCUGCCAGGAAUGCUUACAAAGCUUCAAGGCACUGAGGGGACAAUUGAGGCGGCUAAGGGGCAGACUGGCCAGGGUGGAAGCCACUAUGGGGAUCGUGGUUCCUCCAAGGGAGCUGGACGUUGCUGAGGAAGAAGGGGAAGGCAAAUUAAAAGAGACAACUGUGCUACUAUUUACAUAAGUAGCAAUAAAAUGCUGUGUAUAUAUUUUUUAAAAAUUAAAUAUUUGUUUUAAUAGGAUAUAGAGAUAGAACAGCAAUAAAACUAGCAUAUUUAUUGUUUUAAAAAAUAAAAUGUUUUAUUUUAAAGAAAA